AUGUCAAGAACAUACGUCAGAGCAUAUCUUGGUGCCUUUAAGAUCCUUCUUGAGGCAGGUGCCGAUGUUGACUCACCGUUCCCUCUAAGUCCACGGUACUCAAAGCUACUGGAAGAGAUGGAAAUAUCGAAGGAGUGGUAUCCGACAUGUUUGGAUUGGGGAUUUCAGAGGAACAGAGAGUUAUUUGAUCUAAUGCUUCUCCGAAGUUCGUCUACCGAUGGAACAAUGACAAGACAUGGAGUCUUGCGAGCUGCUAUGUAUGGGAAAUCGGCAGUAUCCGCAUAUCUACGAUCUACGGAUCUCCUUUUGGGUGGACAAGCUAAGAACUUUCUGGAGCUUGUGAUGCGGGAACAGCUUUCGAACUUUGGAUGGGAAUUUUUCAAUAUAUCUGUUUUAAAAACUCUAAUCGAUGUCGGAGUCCAGAUCCAUACGUCCGACCACCCAGAAUAUUGUUCGCGACUAUUGCGAGAUGCUCGGCGUGGGAUAAACAACGAAACAUACAAGCUCCUAGACCGUUUCUUUCAAGAUCAUUCAUCCGUCAGCCCAGAAGCCAUCAGCGAAGCGGUCUCCGAGAAAGGAACAACUCUUCUUGAACUCCUCUUGAAAUUCGGUGUCGAAGUCGGGGAUAUUGGAGCUCAUGCUCUCUUGAGGGCAGCUAGGAUUGGUAAUUUCAGCGCUGUGAACUGGCUACUAGGCGCUGGUGUGAACAUCAAAGCUGAAAUCUGUGAAGACUCUGGAUCAGGAGGAGACUUCACGAUUGUGUCACUCUUAAUCCAGGAGAUCGACAAUCAUCGGAACAUAAAAAACAAGAUGUCUAUGUUGCAACACCUUGUUGAUUGCGGAGCUGAGCUAAAAGAGAGAGCGAGGGACCAAUAUGCUGAUGGUCUGUUCAAACAUGCUUUAGUCCAGAAAACGGAAGAGAUACGGGGUAUUUGGGGCAUCGAAGGGGACCAGUUUAUCGUUACAGUCAUCGACAAGAAAAAAACCGCGGAUGUCCUGGUCCCUUGGCUCUUAGACCAACUUGGGGUCGGGUCUAGGAAAAUUGCAGGAGACGAGCUUCAAGCUCUAUUCGUAGCUGCUUUGGCUGAAAGAAUAGACUGGCGUCUGAUCUUUAAUCGGCUAUACACUUCCUAUGGGCUACCACCUGACCCAGAAGCGGUCCUAGCCUUAUUAAUCGAACGACAAGCCGAGGAUCAGCUGAUCCAGGAGGUUAUCCAGAGAAGUGCUUCCAUCGACAUGUAUGCGAAAUUGGACUUCCCUGAUCGUUGGUCUACUCCCCUCCAAGCCGCAGCAUCUGUCUGCAACUACCCUCUAGUAAUUCAAUUAUUGGACCGCGGAGCAGAUGUCAACGCCGCCCCUCGAGGGUACUAUGGGUUAACGGCUCUUCAAGCAAUCUGCUUUUGGUUUCCCACGUCCGGCGAGGAAAGGGAUCGCCAGCAGAAAUUUGUAAAUCUUUUGAUCAAGAGUGGUGCAAAUAUUAACGCAGAGCCUGAGACAGGAGGACUAACCGCAAUGAUGGCUUCCGCGUAUCACGGAGACGUUGAAUUGGCCGCUGUGCUGUUAGCCCAUGGCGCCGACCCCAAUCUUCAUGUCACCAUGCGAAUUACAUUGCGCCCACAAUCGACGUUAGAUUUAGCCGCUGGUGGCUGCGACAUGAUCAAGCUUCUUCUAGAUGCAGGAGCAUUGAGUGCUCGCCGGGGUUCAACGGGAUAUGAAGGUGCCAUUUUGGACGCUGAAAAACGUGGAAAUCAUGCCGUUGCAAGAAUACUUCGGGACCACGUUGAGCGACAGGAGAAACAAUUUCGCAUGCGCCCAGAACUAUGGGCCUGCCACAAUGCAGUGAUGAAAAAGAUGGACAGGGAAGACGCCGAGCGUCGCGAGAAAAACUUGCAGGAGAAUUAG